AUGGAAGGUGCCAACGGAUUUGGGAUCGAUUCCAUCCUGUCCCACCGAGCCGGGAGCCCCGCCGUGCCCAAAGGGGAACCGCUCAUGGGGGAAGGACGCUCCCCCUUGGAACUUAGUCCCCGCUCCGAAAUCAGCAGCGGCUGCCCGUCGCCCCACUCUCCCGGAAGGGAGUGCUUGGAAGCAGUAGCCCAGAGACAAGGCGUGGCAGUGGGGCUGGAGUCUCACCUCCAAGCGGGGCAAAUCUUGGCCCCUUCACAAUCCAGAACAGUGACCUCCUCCUUCUUAAUCAGGGACAUCUUGGCCGAUUGCAAGCCUUUGGCAGCCUGCGCCCCUUACUCCAGCAGCAAUGGACAGAGCGCACAGGAGGCACCGGUUCGGAUUCCCCCCAAAUCCGGAGAGGACUUCCGGGAGAAGAUGGACAAGAACAACAGCAGCAACUCCUCUUCGGACACAGAAUACAAAGGUAAGGAGAGUUUCUCCUAACUCUAUACCAGCGCCUGCUGAUUUCUGAAUGAGCCCUCUAUUUCUGAACCAGUAACAGUCGCGCACACAUACAAUAGAGUUUUCCUUCCCGUUGGGGUAUCUCCUAAGAACCAAAGCUGGUCGAUCUAGCUCACCAGUGGCUUCCGGACAGCAAACCCGCGUGUUGCUAGUCCUCGCGAUCUGGUAUUCAGAGGUGCAUGUGGACAUGCAAGUUCUUCUUACCCCCCCCCCCCCUUUCUCUCUCGGAAGGUUCGAGGAUGAAGGACAGGAUAACAUUCGGUUGGCCUGAUUUGGGAUAUUUCCUCUUUUUCUGUUUGUUUGUUUGUUUGUUUGUUUGUUUGUUUCUGUCGUCAGUUCAAUCUGUAAAGCUCCGAAUUCUGCUAAAAAUAUUAUAUUUGGAGGGAAGGAAGCUAAUAUGAGAAACUGGCGGAGAUAAAUAGGAAACUUCUUUAUUUGCGCAUUUAACUCCGCAUAACCCAACCACUUGCCUGUUUCGAUUGUUAUUUCCAUCUAUUUUGCGCCAGCGAUCCUCCUCCAUGUCUCCUCAGAAGCAAAACCCAUUGAGCUCAAUCGGAUAUACUUUCAGGAAAGUGGGUAUAAGGGUUGCAGCCCGAGUGUUUCUAUAGUCACCAGGAUAUUCUGGUCUCCAUUCUGAUUUAAAGUUGAGUCUACUCUGGAGAAAAGGCAUUCUGACCCCACCCGAUAUACACUGGAUUUACUGAAAUGAGAUGGACGGGGUACCAAUAUUAUCAAAUUCGUUAGGUUGCGACACGAAUGAUUUUUGACACACGGAUCAAUACAAGUUGUCAGGCAGAUAAGAAAGAAGGCCAAACUUCAGUACAGAAGCUUCGCCCCUUCGCCUCUAUCUGAUUUCCUAUCAUUCGUAAUCAUCCCUUGAAUGAUCGGUGGUUCCCCUUGAGUCUGCCCCCCCCCCCCAGAAAACUUUUCGAUGAGACCUCGUAAUAACGCAGCGGCGACCUUCAAGCUCCUCGUUCACUGGGCCGAGGAGGCUUUGAAUGGCGCCAGUCCCGUUAAGCAAAUGACAACUUUUGAAAAAAAUCUGCUAUGGGAAAUAGCUCGAAAUUAA